CAACGGCUUUCAAUAGCAGCGAACUUGAACCGUGGAAACACCGUUGGAAACAAGAUUMAAAACAAGGAAAGAUGGUGUCCAAAUUAGUUGUCUCAGUUAUUGUUAUUGUUGUUGUGUUUCUUCUUGGCGAGAGUGGUGCGCUGCCUUUACGAGGUUGUCACAUCAAGCGAACCAGGACCAAAAAAUAUGAUGUCAACCGGAUAUAGGAUUGGUAUUCUUUAUACGUGAAGAGUUUUAAGACUAUGACGUCAUCAACCAGUGGCAUGACGUCAUAUUGUGACGCAAAGUGUAUUAUAACGAUUUAGUAAUUACGACAUUCAAGUAUUAGUUUUAAGUCUUGAGUUAAUUUAGAACAAUGCACACUGUGUAUCAACGUUUUAAAAAAAAUCCAAUGUAAAAAAUGAUGAAUUUUGCGUUAACUUCUAUGAAUUUAAAUUAAUAUUCUAUUGAAUUUAAAUUUGGAACGCUGACUUGAUAUAGCGUGUUGAUUGUACAUUCACAGUUCAAUGUAAAAAAUAUUUUUAAUUUCAAUUCAAAUGUGUAAGAAUAAAUAAAUGCACAAAAUUGUCUUCGA